AUGAAAGAAAAGCCCCCCAAACUCACCAAAGUCGAAAAACAAGCGCGCAUCGUCUCCCACCUCCGCUCGACCGGAACCUGCCACACGCUCAAAGAGCUCGAGAAGAUGCUCCCCUCGAUCGUGUCGAUCCGUGGCAUGCAAGUCAAAGAGUACCUGCACGAAUUGGCCGACGAGGGCCAGAUCCGGGUGGAGAAGAUCGGAAGCGGGAACUGGUACUGGUGUUUCAGUGGAGAGGAGAAGAGGGAACUGGAGCGAAAGGUGGAACAGCUGCAGGAAGAAGUGGAUCGACUACGGAGCAGUACUGAAGAACUGGACAGGCAAUUGGCGGUCAGGAAACGGGAGAUAGAGGAUGAUGAGAAGGCGCUGGGACCCGGUGAGCGAGAGAGGUUGAUCCGGAAAAAUGCGGAGUUGCAGAAGGAGUGUCAGCAGUUACGGAAGGAGUGGUUGGCGGUGUCGGCCAGCAUGGAUGGGGGCAAGGGGAUUCAGGAGAUGAAGGAUGAGGUACAGGAGUUUCAGCGGGAGGCGCAGAUGUGGACGGAUAAUAUCUACGUGUUGGAAGGGUUUAUGAGGAAAAUGGUCGGCGCGAUCGCGAGAUGA